UAAAUGCAAAAAAUUGAUCACAGACAUUUAUCUUCUUUUUCAUUUUAGACGUUUAUUUUCUUUAUCUUUUAAAAGAAAUUGCGCAAUAGCGCAUAAUAGUCUGUGUGCUGCAAAGAAAUCUAUACUACUAUACAUCUAAAAAACUGGUUUGACUAGUUCUUGACUUAAUGAUUAAAUGUGUUUCUUUUUAGCUAUACUCAGUUAUCUGCUAGUAUUGCUAGAAGACAAAAGUAAGAAAGUCUUGUAGACAAUAUGUUCAGCAAUUUUAGAAAAAUCCCCAAAUUUCAAGAUACCAGAUGGAACGUUCGUCGCACAACAAGUUCUCUAAUUAAGUGCAUAGAACCCGAAUUGGCAGCAAUAGUGAAUGCUGGCACUUGGAAAAACGAACGUGUAAUCGCUUCGCCUCAACGAACGAGAAUCGUGCUGUCAAACGGCAAGGAGGCGCUCAACUUUUGCGCAAACAACUACCUGGGUCUAGCGGACAAUAAGGAUGUGAUUAACGCAGCGAAAGCUGCAUUGGACAAAUACGGAGCUGGUUUGAGUUCUGUGAGAUUUAUUUGUGGAACGCAGGACAUACACGUCGAAUUAGAAAGGAAAAUCUCGACGUUCCAUGGCAGAGAAGACACGAUACUUUAUGCAUCCUGCUUCGAUGCGAAUGCCGGUAUUUUUGAAACUCUUUUAACUGCUGAUGACGCAGUGCUGAGUGAUGAGCUAAAUCAUGCGUCUAUCAUCGACGGAAUACGCCUCUGUAAAGCGAAAAAAUACAGAUACAAGCACAGAGAUAUGACCGAUCUGGAGAGUAAACUUCAGGAGGCCAAAUCGGCACGUUUGCGUCUCAUCGCAACCGAUGGAGUAUUUUCCAUGGACGGUACCGUUGCACCAUUAUCGAAAAUAAUCGAGCUUGCCAAGAAGUAUGACGCCAUCACGUUCGUCGACGAUUGUCACGCUACUGGAUUUUUUGGUAAAACCGGCAGAGGUACAGAAGAAUAUUUUGGCCAUCUGGGAGGCAUUGACAUCAUUAACUCCACUUUGGGCAAGGCCCUCGGGGGAGCAGCAGGCGGUUACACGACUGGCAAGAAAGAAAUUGUCAGUUUAUUACGACAGAGAAGUAGACCAUAUCUGUUCUCGAAUUCGAUGCCUCCGCCAGUGGUCGCAUCAGCGAGUAAGGUAAUGGAUCUCAUAACGAACAGCACGAAGUUCUUGGACCGUUUAGCAGGCAACACGGAGCGCUUCAGAGAUGCGAUGAUCAAGGCUGGCUUUAUCGUCAGCGGUGAUAAUCACCCCAUUUGUCCUGUUAUGUUGGGCGACGCAAAACUGGCCACAACAUUUGCAGAUAAAAUGAUGGAGAAAGGCAUUUACGUUAUCGGAUUCAGCUAUCCCGUGGUACCAAAGGAUAAAGCAAGAAUACGCGUUCAAAUCAGCGCGGCGCAUUCGGCCGAGGAUAUAGAUCACGCCGUGAACGCUUUCACAGAAAUCGGGAAAGAGCUUGUGGUGAUCAGAUAAAGAUUUUCUCUUUCUAUGUUUCUGAUAAUACAAAUGUAAAAUAACGGGGAAUAACCAAUUUCGUUCUCAAUGUGUAUUCUAUCUCUCUCAUGAUACGUAUAAGUAUAUAAAUGUUCUCGAAGUAUAAACUAAUUUCGUAAUUGAUACAAACUAAGUAUCACAAGCAUGUAAUGUGCGCAAAUGCAAUAUCGAAUUUAUUAACAUGUGCAAUAACAAAUACCUGACCAAAGCGAUUUUAUAAAGCUACAGCUUUUUUUUAAUACAAAUUUGCAUCAAUUUCGGAGACAAUGCACGAGGUCCUGAGUGUAUAAAACUUGGAAAGUUGGAUGUAAAUUAUUAUAUUGUUAUUAAAUGUUAAUUACAUAGAUGCUAA